AUGGCUGCGGCCAUGGUGUGUCAGCCACAAAAGUCCUUUUCUUCUUCUACAGGAAAAAAUAUAAAAGUCAAAGUACAUAGAGAGCUCGCCGCAGAAUCAAAUAUGGCCGCAGUUGGUACAGUUCGCAAUAACGAAGGUUUCACCAACAUGGUCAAGACCGAAAGCCUCGCUCGCUUCGCCGUCGAUGAACACAACAAGAAGGAGGACUUCCAUACCCUUUUUCUUCGCAUCAUCAAUGCUUUGCUGGAGUUUGUGAGGGUAGUGCAUGAAAAGGUACAAGUGGUUUCAGGCUCUCUGCACUAUCUGAAAAUUGAGGCCACCGAUGGCGGAAAGACGAAUGUUUAUGAAGCCAAGGUGUGGGUAAAGCCAUGGGAGAACUUCAAGCAAGUGCAGGAGUUCAAGCUCGUCUCGGACUCCUAG